CGUUAUUGCAAAGUCUAGGAGGACAUGCAUUUUAAAAUUUGGUCUCAGAAGAAGAAGAAGAAGAAGAAGAAGAAGAAGUUUAAAUCGGAUUUCAGUAAGUUGGCUUUUUCAAGCCAACAUAAUUCAAGUGCUGCAAACUUGUGCAGGAAACAACGUGCAGAAACACAAAACUUUUUUGUAAGGAACGCGAAGACAUUUUUGAGUGUAGUCCUAGAAGGAGGGAUUUGGCAACACUGGGGUGGGUUUUGCAGGAUGCAGGGGGACAAAAAGGAUGUUAAAAUUCUUGGAAUGGCUGGAACAUGCUCUUUCUUUGAAAUCUUGAAUUAUUUGAAGAAACAGAAAGAAAAACAGCAACCAUUGCUCAUUUACACAAUAUUGACUGAACCAAGCUCCAAGAGCUCAUCACAGACAGACUGCAACAUAUUAGAAAUCCUCUAAGAGUCAACACCAAAGACAACUUUCUGGAAAACAACAGGACAACAAACACACAGCCUCCAGUAACACCAGAGCCCCAAUUCUGAGCUCCGACAAAAUGGAGGAACAGGUCCAAGCUGGAACCAAACUCUCCCACUCUAAUACUGCAGGCCCCAAGAUAUCAACCAAAAAACAUCGAGCCCCACAACCUCCAUCUUGCACUCCCCCUCCUGUUGUGAUAACUCUCCAGCCGCUGCCACGAUGCCAGGGCCCACACCCUCAUCCAUCUGCUAUGGAUGGGUCGCUUCAGGACACAGAGCAGCUGAAAAGUCAAGUUCUGACUGAUUUAGAGAUUCAGCAGGAGGACAUUCAAGGCCCGGUCUCUGAACUUCAGGCGCAUGUGCUUCCAGACUUUCAAGACAGUGUUAUUGAAGACCCCAUGAAAAAGAGGGGGGUAGUGGACAAACAGGUGGUGGCGCUCAGGAAAACCUCUGAUGACUCCUCCAAUGGCUCCCACAAGAGCAACAGCACCAAGAACACCUCGCAGAAACGCAGGACCUGCUGCUGCUCCUGCUGCCCCAACUGCUGCAGCUGUUCCCCCUGCUGUCUCAACUGCUGCAGCUGUUCCCCCUGCUGUCUCAACUGCUGCAGCUGUUCCCCCUGCUGUCUCAACUGCUGCAGCUGUUCCCCCUGCAGCCCUAACUGCUGCAGCUGUUCCCCCUGCUGCCCUAACUGCUGCAGCUGUUCCCCCUGCUGCCCUAACUGCUGCAGCUGUUCCCCCUGCUGCCCCAACCUCUGCAGCCUCUCCUCCUGUAUCCACAGCCUCUCCUCCUGUGUCCGCAGCCUCUCCUCCUGUAUCCGCAGCUUCUUCUCCUGCUGCAGCUGCUCCUCCUGCUGCAAGUGCUCCCCCUGCUGCAGCUGCUCCCCCUGCUGCAGCUGCUCCUCCUGCUGCAAGUGCUCCCCCUGCUGCAGCUGCUCCCCCUGCUGCAGCUGCUCCUCCUGCUGCAGCUGCUCCUCCUGCUGCAGCUGCCUCAAAUCCUGCUGCUGCUCCUGCUGCCACUGCCUCAAAUGUUGCUGCUCCUCCUGCUGCCGCUGCCUUAAAUGUUGCUGCUCCUCCUGCUGCCGCUGCCUCAAAUGCUGCUGCUGUUCCUCCUGCUGCCGCUCCUCCUGCUGCCGCUGAUACUAUAUCCCAAGCUGCGGCUGAUUGCUUGGGUUUAAGCAAAUUCUUGAAUCUUUUUCAACCAUAAUUUAUGUGUAUUCAUAGUUAAAUUUGCAAUUAUUUUGUUUUUUUAAAUUGUAUCAUACAUCGAAUCACCCUCUUCUGCAUCCUUCCAACUAGUGAUUCCUCUUCCAAUGGCUCCUGUAAGAGCUGUAUCUCUGAGAACACCUUGCAGAAUCACAGGACCUGCUGCUGCUCUGGCACCUACAAUUUCUGUAGCUUCUCUAUCAGCCACAUUUUCAAAUUCUGCGGCUUCUCCUCCUGCAUUCACAGCCUCAACUGCAGCAGCUGUUCGUCCUUCUGGCUCAACUUCUGCAGGUUCUCCUCCACCAGGAAAGGGUACUUUGACUUUGAAGUUAAAGUACCCCUGCCCUCUAACUUACUAAAUGCUUUUAAUAAAGCCACAACUGCAGCUGUUUCAACAGCUAUAUCCACACAAUAAAACUCCUAGUGUUAAAUUAUUGUUCACAGUGUUUAAAUAAUCCUCAUUCAGAGAGGAUAACUCCCCUGGAGUUAAUCUGUUACCAUUUUUAAAAAAAAUCUAUUCACCCUAUCUCCAGGUCUGGCGGUAGCACUUUUAGCUUAGCUUAAUAUAGUUAUAAUCAAGGAACUGGCGAAGUUAUAAUCAAGUUGCUGGCGUACAUGGGUGUAGUAGGUGCAAUGAUAUUAUGCAGCAACCUGAAAUUUGCCAUCUGCCACUCCACAAUUAUACAAACUAGCUUUUUUGCUUCCCUUCUGUAGUCAAAUUGUCCACUAUUUCUUUUUCCAUCUUUUGAAGCAGCUAAUUUUUGUGGCAGCUGAUCUCUUUAACCAUUUUGUCAAUGGUGUCCAGCAGAUUUUCACCUGAACACUGUUUCUCUUGAAAUCCCACCAAUGGUUUUGCUGGUGUUUGUUGUCAAUAACAUGACAGCGACCUCAACAUUUAUUGACAAGCACUGUUCAUUUGGAUUUAGCCUUAGCAAAUACUUCAAUGGUCUGGCCUUCUAGUUGCUCACCAUGACAAGUGAUGAAUAAGAUCACUUUGUUUCAAGACAUGUUCCUCUGUCAUUGUAUUCCGGAAUUGUUGACCACCUAAUUUUCAUGUCUUGUGUAUCUUCCAACAUUCAGAACAAUCAAAGAAAUGAAUAGCGGGAGAAAAUUAAAUGAGAGAUUUUAUGAUCUCAUUUUAUCUCAUUGUCAGAAUCUGUGUCAAAGUAUCCUGGUGUGUAAAUAAUUGUGAUGUUUCUUUCUUCAACCAUUCCACUAAUUUUACAGCUUGAAUGUUGUUUUGGAUGUUUCUCCAUGUCACCAAGCUUUGCUGCAAUUUCUUUCUAGGAAUUAAAUUCUUUCUCUAAAUCUUUAAAGUCUAUCUGCGAGCGAUCAUAAAGGUGUGGAUAUAUGAGUGCCAGCUCAGCUUUUCGAUACUCCAGUGUAUUGAUGUUGCUAGUGACUAGGCCGGAGAUAUUGUUUUCUCUUGCCUGUCCUCCACUGAAUGAGUAACCGAAAAAAUGUUUUAUUGCACGUCAAAGAAUUUGGAGUUUCAGAACACACCCACCGAUUGUGUAAUCGCCAUGGACCAAAGUUGUUAAGGGGCCAAAACAAACUCCCCCAGAAAGUUUGCGUUGGUCAGCUGUUUCAAACUGCCAAAACAAACUUAAACAAACUUCGUUUUGGCCUGAUUUUGUUCAAAAUGACAUAAUUUCAGUUUGUUUUUUAUUUUUGUUUAAAGUAUAUUGGAGCCUUAACUCUAUAAUCAAUAACUAAUCACACAUUUUCUAAUUAAUUGUGAUUUAUCGCAUCUAACAUUAAAGUUUUUAAUACAUUUUAUAUACUUUCACAUUUAAUGUAGAACAAUGUAAAGACAGUAUACACUCUUAAAACAAACAUGUUUAACAUGUUCUGAGUGCUCAGGCACAACACAUAUCAUUAAAUUCAACAAACAGACAAAAUUGUUACCUUAGUAAAUCCAUUAAUGUUACCUUUUUGUAUUCUUCUUUCACAACUAUGUUCACAACUAUGUAUUAUGUAUUUUUACACACACACACACACACGCACAGACAAACACAUACACACGUUUGUUUUUGUGAAAAGUGUUUUCAUCCCAUAGACGUAAUGGUUUUUAUACUGCACAAACUGUAUAUUCUAUCGCAACCUACACCAACCCUACACCUAAUCCUAACCCUCACAGGAAACUUUGUGCAUUACUUAUGCAUUUACUUUCUCAAAAAAAAUCAUUGUGUAUGAUUUAUAAGCAUUUUGAAAAAUGGGGACAUGGGUUAUGUCCUCAUAAGUUACCCUCUCCUUGUAAUACCUGUGUCAUACCCAUGUCAUUAUACAGAGUUGUGUCCUGAUAUGUCACAAAAACAAGAGCACACACACACACACACACACACACACACACACAUACUCUCUCUCUCUCUCUCUCUCUCUCACACACACACACACACACACACACACACACACACACACACACACGUAUAUAUUAUGCUUUGAAUUUGUGAUUAUGCUUUGAAAUUGUUAAUGAUACUAUUGGUCACCAAUAAUGAUUAUUUUGGUUUCUCCUAUUUCUACUGAGCAACUGAUUAUAUCUACACCUGUGACAAAUUUUGUACUUAACACACUCUGUGGAAGGCUGGAUGGCUAAAACACAUCAGUGUGCAGUGUUUUGGUUUCUACAAUGAGCCAUGUUUGAAUAAAAGCAUAACACAAAUUGAAGAA